AUGCCGGUGACUUUCGGCCCUCCCGGAGGCGGUGCGGCGGGUGCGGCGCCUGUUGCUCCGUCAGCCGGAAGUGGCAACACGAAGGCUCAUCCCCCAGGAGUGAAAGAAAUCCUCAAGACAGUGACUCCGAACUAUGUGGUGACGGCCGUAAUCAAGAACCGCUUGGAGGAAGGCAAGAUUAAGGCGCAGAAGAAGAAGAGACGGACGAGGCAGGAGAUAUUAGCUGGUAUGGAUCUGAGGGAGCUCCAGAUGGAGCGCCUCGCGAUGGCCAGAAUGGGAUUUUUGGACAAGGCGCGUGAAGUGGAGGUUUGGAUAGAGUCCGAGAGAUUGAAGACCCAGAAGGAGAGAGAAGAAAAGGAGCAAGCCAUUCUGGCGCAGAAACUUGGCGGCCUCGACAUAUCCCACCGUCGGAGGUUUAUUGGCCUGGAGAACAAGCAGGGGGAAGGAGAGGCACAAUUCCGAGCGAAAUGUGAAAAGGAGAAGGAGGAGCUGCGCCUCAAGCACAAGCGCGAGUACGACAUGCUGAUCGAGGAGACGGCCCAGAGAGCGUACGGGGGUGUAAGCUCCUGUCAGUGCGAGAAGACGUACCUGUGCCGGCACAACAAAACCGCCUCCUACAACACCAGGAAACCCACACGAGAGGUCAUCCGGCUGCGGCAGAAUGCGGAGCGGCUGCGCGCGACGGGAAGAGUUGAGGAGGCCGAAGAGUUUGAAAUCCAGGCGCAAGACCUCGACGACGCCUGCGACAAGCAAUGGAGAACCCGCGUCGAACAGCGCGCGAAGCCUUACGCGUGUUCUUUCUUGCAUCGCACCUCCCUAUGGCGAACCAGCGCGUGGUCCGGUGGGAAGUCUCGACUGGAGCAGUUGGUGGAGAAGCAGCAGCACACGGUCAAGAGCUUGGAGGAAACGCACGAGGCCAAGUACGAACUACUGGUCAAGCAGCAGGACAUCCAGCGAAGAAACCUCAAGUCAACCUUUGAGGCGGAGAGGAAGAAGGUUGCCAUGUACUGCCGUCGGGCAGCCCUGAAACGCAUGACCCGCGACAUCAAGGAGGACGCGGACGAGGAGCGCCGAACCAUGGCAAACAAGUCUGACGGGAUGGACAACGUUUUCCUUGGGAACGCCAGGCAAGGGGCGAUUCAUACCAGCAUAAGAGAGUUAUUGGUGUAUCUUUCUGCCGAAGGCAGGGAGCACGACGAGUUGGCUUCCGCUCCCCCUUCUUGCGAACCUGAGAGCAGCAGCGACGACAGCAGCCUCGACUCCGCCGCUCGCAAGAAAAAAAACGAGCUCAAGCAGGCCGCCGCAAACUGGGUGGCUCCGACCUCCACUGGAGUUAACAACUCGGAGGCCAUCGUGAAGUACGACGAUCUCAAGACUGGCAAGAUCUACUCGGAGAUGGAGGAGAUGAAAGCGCGCGGGGUCGGCGUGGACCACGCGGUGGACGACUACGAAGCGGUAAAAGAAAAACUCGGUGCCGACGUUGAUACUUCCGGCUCGAGAUUCAACGACGCCUUCCGAAUUGCUCGCGCGGAGAACCAAAGGCAAGACAUGAUAUUGAUCAGCACGAUGAAGAAAGGAAGCGAAGGGCUGACGGGAGAAGCGGCACCGGUUGCCCCCUGGACACCUCCAACAGCACCAGGAGUUGGGUCGUCACCGUCGCCUAGCAAGGCGCAGCCCCCUGUUGAUGACGACGACGAAGAAAAAGAGGAGGAUGAAGAGGAGGAGGAUGAGGAGGAUGAAGAGGACGAGGAGGGAGAUUAUUGACCGGAAGAAAUGGGCGGCGCGCGCGCGAGUAAACUAGCAGCUCGUCCACACCAAGCUGGAAAGCCAGGCUGCGCUGGGUGUUGAGGUGUCUGCCGCAGCUUUGCUCUCCUAAUGAACGAUGUUCAAGGGAAUUGAUGUGCCGUGAGAGAGGGGUUUCCUAUAUUCUUUUUGCCACAUCCCCCAAGGCGACCGCCCCCCCGGUGUUU